AUGAAACCAUGUGGUGGGCGUGGUGGGCCCGGGCUGACCCCGCCCCCAGCCGCCCCCGCCCCCUUAAGUGUGCUGCAGCUAGGGGCUUCUCGAAAAUUCAUGAAAACUAAGCUCUCUCUGUGUGUGUGUGUGUUUAGGGUUAAGGUUAGAAUUAGUGUUAGGGUUAGAAUUACGUUUAGGGUUAGGGUUAGGAGCUAGGGUUAGGUUUAGGGUUAGGGUUAAGGUUAGGUUUUUGGGUUAGGGUUAGGGUAAGAGUACGGGUUAUGGUUAGUGUUAGGUUAGGGGUUAGGGAAAAUAGGAUUUUGAAUGGGACUGAAUUGUGUGUCCCCAGAAGGUUAGCUGUACAAGACUGUGUGUGUGUGUGUGUGUGUGUGUGUGUGUGUGUGUGUGUGUGUGUGUCAUCCUCAAAGGAGGAAGUGGAAGACCAUCCUCCUCAGUGAAUUUCAUAAAAUGUAAAAUUGUAAAACAUUAACAUUUUUAUAAUUUUUAAAUAAAACUAUACUAAAUAUAAUCACGUCACCAAAAAACGGAUCAAAACACACUAUUAUGCAAAGAAGGUCUACAGAAGCCUCAACAGCACUCUGUAGGGUAGCACCAUGGUGUAGCCGGAGGACAGCUAGCUUCUGUCCUCCUCUGGGUACAUUGACUUCAAUACAAAACCUAGGAGGCUCAUGGUUCUCACCCCCUUCCAUAGACUUACACAGUAAUUAUGACAACUUCCAGAGGACAUCCUCCAGCCUAUUAGAGGCCUUGCAGCAUGAACUGACAUGUUGUCCACCCAAUCAAAGGAUCAGAUAAUUAAUCUAGUACUGAAAGCAUAAGCUAUGGCUAGCUAGCACUGCAGUGUAUAACAUGUGGUGAGUAGUUGACUCAAAAAGAGAGAAAGACAAUAGUUGAACAGUUUUGAACAAAUUAAUUUAUUCCAAAAUGAAGGAGAAGCUAGAGAGAAAUAGAGAGAGAGAGAUUUUUUUCACUUUCAGUUUCACUUACUUAGCUAGCAAAUGCAGCUAGCUAGUUUAGCCUACUGAAACACCCUGCUCAAACAGAGGGAUGCUAUAUUAGCUAGCUGGCUAUGACUUUCCAACACAACACUGGAACUCUUCCAAGUCAAGGUAAGCUUUUGGUAUUACUAAUUUAUUGCCACCGGGGCCCGCCGGUGUCACUGCUUACUGACUGUACACUAACGUUACUGCAUGAUUGUAGCGGGUUUACUAACACGUUAGUUCUAUUAGCUAUGCUGACUAUGACGUUACUUUAGCUAAUAUGGUGACAACAAUGUAGGCUGUGUGUAGCGGUUUGGCUUGGAAAGUUUUUUUUGCCUGGUCACAUACAGCUGAUGCGUUGUGUAUUGAAGUCCACAAGCAAAGGGAAGUGGUGAGAGGAGGACAGCACAUGGAUGCGAGAAGGAAUACAACGUGGCUGCUAUGAAAGUGAACUGUGUUUACGCAUGAUACGUGGUCCUCUGUAGCUCAAUUGGUAGAGCACGGCGCUUGUACCGCCAGGGUAGUGGGUUCGAUCCCCGGGACCACCCAUACGUAAAAAGAAUUAUGCACACAUGACUGUAAGUCGCUUUGGAUAAAAGCGUCUGCUAAAUGGCAUAUAUUAUAUUAUUAUUAUUAUUCAUUCUGCCGAUUCUGUUGAAAAAGUUUCUUAAACAGAACAAAACAGGGAUAAACAUACCUGAAUUUGUCCAAUAGAAACUCUUGUUUGCAACUGUUGGACUAAUGAUUACACACUAUAUCAGCUAGAUGCAGGCAAGAGUUUGCAAUGCAGUAUUGAAUGUCACUGUCUGUCCAUGUGUCACUGUCACCUCAAAUUUGUCUCUCGACCUGUGUGCACCUACGUUGUAAACUCUCAUUCAUAGCCUAGGUUGUAGCAACCUCAUGAUGGGUAUAGGGAAAAUUAGAGUAUCAUGUAGUAGCCUAAACCUAUCGCUGUUACAUUGAACUGGAUGAAUGGAAUAUGAAUGAGAGUCAUCCAAUAUGCUGUAAUAGAAAUAAGGCCAUGCUCAUGAAAAACAAAAUCGUCCUCCCUCAUCUUAAACGGCACUGACCGCCAUUGGUGUGUGUGUGUGUGUGUGUGUGUGUGUGUGUGUGUGUGUGUGUGUGUGUAAGUAAACCAAGUAAUCAGUGGGCUAAUAGUGCCCAGACAGUGUGUAGUGCAGUCCAAAGUGUUUUUUGGGAGAAACAGUGUUUUUGUUGUUGUGGUGUUGCAGGGCUCACAGGUCCAGGUGUGUGUGUGCCUGGGAGCCUGGGUUUGUAUUUGUGCGUGUGUGGUGUAUGUGUAUGCGCUAAUUGUCCCAUAUCACGCAGGUAAACAUGUCAAAUUGUUUGGAAUACCAGCUAUCUGGAGCUUGGCCAAUGUCUCUCUCUCUCCUCUCCUCUCCUUCCCCCUCUCUCUCUCUCCUCUCCUCUCCUCUCCUUCACCCCUCUUUCUCCUCUCUUCUCUCCUUCCCGCGCCUCCUUCCCCCUUUUCCAUAAUAAUUCUCAUUGAUGUAGUCAUGUACACAGCUUUAUUGAGGAGUUCCUUCACUCAUUUAAUUUUUCUUUGCCCAGUCCAGACCUAUCACAUCCACUUCCCUCUCCAGUCCAGACCUAUCACAUCCACUUCCCUCUCCAGUCUAGACCUAUCACAUCCACUUCCCUCUCCAGUCCAGACCUAUCACAUCCACUUCCCUCUCCAGUCCAGACCUAUCACAUCCACUUCCCUCUCCAGUCCAGACCUAUCACAUCCACUUCCCUCUCCAGUCCAGACCUAUCACAUCCACUUCCCUCUCCAGUCCAGACCUAUCACAUCCACUUCCCUCUCCAGUCUAGACCUAUCACAUCCACUUCCCUCUCCAGUCUAGACCUAUCACAUCCACUUCCCUCUCCAGUCUAGACCUAUCACAUCCACUUCCCUCUCCAGUCCAGACCUAUCACAUCCACUUCCCUCUCCAGUCCAGACCUAUCACAUCCACUUCCCUCUCCAUUUCUCACACUGUCUUACCUAUCUGUCCUUAUCUUCCUCCAUUCUCCUGGUUGAUGGAAUAUGGUUUGGGUUUUGUCUUGGGCUGGCACAGUGGCUCCGGUUGAGUUUGAGAUAUGGGGUUAGGGCAAGGGCCGGGGAUAUGUCCCAGUUCUGGUAGCUACAGGUCUCUCCCAUGCUGGUGUUUAACCCUCUGUGUGAGUGUCUGUGCAGCACAGGCGUAUAGGAGGAGAGGGCAUUUAGAGGUAGAGGGCAGCAGCCCCUAUAGCCAUACACCGUGGGAAACUGAAACUACCGCAGGGGUUGGAGUGUGUGUGCGUUUGUGUUCAGUGUGUGUGUGUGUGUGUGUUCCCCACACUGAGGCACUGUAACCCAAACAGAUAAAUAGCUACCACAGAUGCCUUGUCAACCUCCCACCUAGAGCACAUCAUUAACCCGCGUGCAUGACAUUCCACCUCACAGGAAUGACAAGGAGACUGUUAUUGUGCUCUCAGCACUGCAUAUUUCCGCACAUACACACACACACGCGCACACUGUGUCCUUUUCAGGCCCCUUUCGUCACGAGGCCAGUGCUCAUUUCCAGCGAUGAAGCCAAACAAUCAAUCUCCAUUCAGCAAUUACAGGACAGGACCUGAAAGAGAACAGGCAGGGGAGCCCCCCGACCCCCAGGGGUUAGACUGGGGUGCUGCUGCUCUCACGUGGGAACUGCUCUCUCCCUUACACUGACCUCUUUGCCCCCCUUCCUCUCCCUCUCUCCUUCUCUCCCUCUCUCCUUCCUCUCCCUCUCUCCUUCUCUCCUUCUCUUCCUCUCUUCCUCUCUCCUCUCUUCCUCUCUCUCAGGUUCAGGGGAUGUGUGUGUGUAGACACAACACUGCAGGUGUUCACUGUGAGCGUUGCGCUCCGCUCUACAACGACCGACCAUGGCAACCUGCGGACGGACUCACAGGGGCUCCACAUGAGUGCAGGAGUGAGUGACACUACUACUAUUCACUAUACACUAGGGCCAGGAGUUUUAGCUGAGGAUUGGAUCUGGUCAGGAAAAACAUGGCCCCACUUAGAGCCAGUGCUAAUUUCCAUUGGAUCUGGUCCUGAAAAACAUGGCCCCACUUACAGCCAGUGCUAAUUUCCAUUGAUGAUGACCAAUCAGUGAAUGUUUAGAGAUGAUUGACAGAUAUCUGUGAUUCUGAUGUCCCACCCUGUCUCCCUAUAGAGUGUAAGUGUAACGGGCAUGCCCAGAGCUGCAGUUUUGAUUGGUUGGUGUGGCGGGAGUCCGGCCAGCGCAGCGGAGGUGUGUGUGAGUGUCUACACAACACAGAGGGACACAACUGUCAGAGCUGUAAGACUGGCUUCUACAGAGACCCCCAGAGACCCCACACGGCCCAGGACUUCUGUAAACGUAAGACGAACACACGCACUCCAGAUGGCUAAAGCAAAAGCUCAAAGUACUUAAAAGAUUUCAAGUUUUAUUUGAACCUAUUACUCACUCACUGACUCAAUCACACAAACACUCCCACACAUAAACACAGAAAACAUGAGACACACACCCUUACUGGCAGAGCCAACUCAUUCCUGCCCGGAAUGCUGAUGGCUGAGAUCGCAUGCCGAGACGUGCUGCAUAACGCUGCUCCUGAUGGCCACCUGGCUCUUUGUGUGUGUGUGUGUGUGUGUCAGUGUGUGUGUGUUGUGUCUUUCACACAGCCUAUGCUCUGUCUGAGGAUUACAUAGAUUCAUCAUCAGACUGGGGCAUACCUGGGACCAGAGUGUCACACACACUGCCUACCCCGAUCCCUGUCCUUGUUGUUAUGGCUGUUUGCAUUCUCCUGUGAGUCACUGGAGUGGCUCGUUAUGACUAAUCAGGCUCAUGUAAGGAAAAGGAAAGAGAAAGGGGGAUACCUAGUCAGUUGUACAACUGAAUGCAUUCAACUGAAAUGUGUCUACUCGCAUUUAACCCAAGGGCCUUGUGUGUGUGCUGUUGUUUGUGCCCUGUGAUUAGACUUAAGUAAACACUAGAUACCCAUCCAUAAACACGACAGUGGUUACAUUCUCAGAUUAUCUGUCUGAUUUGACCCAGUGAGCUCAGCCCCACAGUUAUGCAGGAGGCUGGAUUUUCACAUUGUCAACAAGUGAGAGUGGAACACAUAUUUGGGGAAUGGUUGUAGACAGGACACGUUUAGGGAGGGGAACCCCAGUGUCAGAGCGAGGUUGAAAUCUGACAACUGAGGAAUUUCCCUCCGUCUCUAGGAAGUAUUUCCCAUUCCAGUCAUGGCGGAGCCCUUUAAAGAAAACACACAGUAACAAUGAGCGUGUGUGUGUGUGAAGUGCAUUUUUGUUUGUUUUUUAGUGGGUGUGUUCUGUGGCUGUUCGGCCAGCUGCUCUGUCACGUAUCACUACAGACACAUAAUGGUCUCAUUGUGAGAGCUCACUGCAUCAACACACACACACACACUCCUCCACACAUUCUCAUCUCUAAACUCCAAUUAUUAUACAAUUACUGUAUUAACAAUGUCCUAUUAUACAACGUGAUCCUAUUAUACAACAUGAGAGAGAGAGGUAAAAUAUGUGUGUGUGUGUGUGUAUGUUUGUGUGUACCGAUGGCUUUGCUGCUUCUGGGCUGGUAUUGUUCUACUAUAAUGAUUAACUUGAGGCGACUGAACACUACAGUCUCAACAGGGCCUCAAUAGAUGCUUUUCAGGAACAGAAAUGAUUUGAAGUUCAAGUUUAUUACCGUAAAUCUGGAGAACUGUUGCGGUUCACCCUGAAGAGAAAGACUGUAUAUCCUAGCUGCCCUACAUAUGCCUUUGGGAAUUAGAUGUCAGUGUAAUGAUUCCCCUGUCUUUAGGAGUGUGUGAUUGUGUGUGAGCAAUUGUGUGUGUGAGUGUGUGUCUGUGCUUGCAUGCGUGUGUCCAUGAGUGAGAGUGUGCUUGCUUUCGUGUGAGUGUGUGUGGUCUGCAUGUGUCUUUACAAGGUCUGUUGAUAAUGAAAGAUACAGAAUGAAUAAAACUAUGGAUGCAUCUUAUCUUAUAUUUGUUGCCCAUGGCGAUAAGUCUGAUAAAGGUACAGCCUUGUCUGGGUCUCAGACAGUAGAGCCUUGUGACAUCAUCUCCCUGCACCCAGACAGACAGACAGACAGGGGAGCCGGGGAGAGACGCAGGGGGUCUGGCUCUGGUUAAAUAGUAAUUUACCGCCAGUGGGGUAGGAAGGGGGGGGGCUUCAAGCAUCAUUAAACAACAGAAAUAAAGCACUACACCACCCCUCCUCCUCCCCCUCCUAUCUCCCCCUCUUGUCUCUCUCUAGUUCCCCCCCUUGUAUUCCGAUGAGUACAGAUUUAUGGUGACUACUUUGGCUGUUACUCUCACCCCCUGCAAAGUUUUCUGACUUGUAAUUCACAGACUGCGAGGACAGCAAUAAUGUUUAUGUAGAUUUUAUGUGGUGUGUGUGUUUUGAGACUUUGCAAGUUGUGUGUUCUAUGGGGGGGGGUAAUGUUGUGUGUGUGUGUGUGUGUGUGUGUGUGUGUGUGUGUGUGUGUGUGUGUGGUGGUUGUUGAGUGGGCCGAACAUAGCACUGACUGUGCUUGUCCCUCUAUCUUAUGUUGCUGCAGGCUGUUUAAAGAACAGACUAUCAGCAGAGAGAGAGAGACGAGAGGGAGGGAGGGAGGGAGAACUGUGGAAUGUAUUUGAGAAAGAUGUGUGUAUGUGCAUUCCCGCGUGUGUGCUUGGGUGCAUGCGCAUGUCGUACAUGCGUGCAUGUGUCCUUGUGUGUGUGAUUGUGUGCGUGCGUGUGUGUGAUUGUGUGUGUGUGUGUGUGUGGGCGAUCUGAUAAGAGGAUGGCAGAGAUAACAUUGUGCUACAUGGUCAUGGAAAACCCUGGACUAUUCCAGUCAGUCCAGAGUCCUUUGGGAAGUGGUCCCUCUCCCUCUCUUAUCACUUCCUCCUUAAGGCUGGGCUACAAUGAGGUGGCACACUCUGGAGUGUGUUUGUCUGUGUGACAGUUACACAAAGGGAAACUCUACAUGACUAAUAAGUCAUAUGUAGAAAAACUAAAUAUACUCAACUGGAAAUGUUGCCAACAUUAGGGUUCUCAAUAUGCAUGUGUGCAGUGGUUUACUGUGAGUGGAUUUGAUUGGCUGUGGUUGAGUGUGGUGGAUUUAAUUGGCUGUGGUUGAAUGUGGGUGGAUUUGAUUCACUGUGGGAAGGUGCAAAUAGAUCCAAAUGAAUUGCUGUGGUUUAUUUGUGAGUAGAUAACAUUGGCCAUGGUUGAGUGCCGGUGUAUUUGAUUAGCUGUGGUGGAGCUAUGAGUUAUGGUUGUAUAUGUGACUGAUGUGCCAUGUCUCUCCUCUCCCUCUCCUCUCUCUUCCCCCCAGCAUGUGGCUGCCACCCCCUGGGUUCAAUACCCUUCCACCCAGGCGGGAGGUCUCCCUGUGACCCUACCAAUGGAGACUGUGUCUGCAAGCCCGGCGUGGGGGGUUCCCACUGCGACAGGUGCAUGGUGGGAUACUGGGGUUUCCAUGACUACGGCUGCCGUCCGUGCGACUGUGCAGGAGACUGCGACCCCUUCACGGGAUACUGCAUGUCUGGGUGAGUCACAUAUACACACACACACACACACAUACAGUAUACACACACACACACACAUACAGUAUACACACACCGUCGGAUAUAAUAUACAGUAAAUAUACAGUACCAGUCAAAGGUUUGGACACACCUACUCAUUCAAGGGUUUUUCUUUAUUUUUACUAUUUUCUACAUUGUAGAAUAAUAGUGAAGACAUCAAAACUAUGAAAUAACACAUAUGGAAUCAUGUAGUAACCAAACAAGUGUUAAACAAAUCAAAAUAUAUUUUAUAGUUGAGAUUCUUCAAAUAGCCACCCUUUGCCUUGAUGACAGCUUUGCACACUCUUGGCAUUCUCUCAACCAGCUUCAUGAGGUAGGCACCUGGAAUGCAUUUCAAUUAACAGGUGUGCCUUCUUAAAAGUUAAUUUGUGGAAUUUAUUUCCUUAUAAAUGCAUUUGAGCCAAUCAGUUGUGUUGUGACAAGGUAGGGUUGGUAUGCAGAAGAUAGCCCUAUUUGGUAAAAGACCAAGUCCAUAUUAUGGCAAGAAUAGCUCAAAUAAGCAAAGAGAAACAACAGUCCAUCAUUACUUUAAGACAUGAAGGUCAGUCAAUACGGAACAUUUCAAGAACUUUGAACGUUUCUUCAAGUGCAGUCGCAAAAACCAUCAAGCGCUAUGAUGAAACUGGCUCUCAUGAGGACCACCACAGGAAUGGAAGACACAGAGUUACCUCUGCUGCAGAGGAUAAGUUCAUUAGAGUUACCAGCCUCAGAAAUUGCAGCCCAAAUAAAUUAUUCACAGAGUUCAAGUAACAGACACAUCUCAACAUCAACUGUUCAGAGGGGACUGUGUGAAUCAGGCCUUCAUGGUCGAAUUGCUGCAAAGAAACCACUACUAAAGGACACCAAUAAUAAGAAGAGACCUGCUCGGGCCAAGAAACACGAGCAAUGGACAUGAGGAGAGUUACCAAAAAGGAGAGUGAUGGAGUGCUGCAUCAGAUGACCUGGCCUCAAUAAUCCCCCGACUUCAACCCAAUUGAGAUGGUUUGGGAUGAGUGAAGGAAAAGCAGCCAACAAGUGCUCAGCAUAUGUGGGAAAUCCUUCAAGAUUGUUGGGAAAGCAUUCCAGGUGAAGCUGGUUGAGAGAAUGCCAAGAGUGUGCAAAGCUGUCAUCAAGGCAAAGGGUGGCUAUUUGAAGAAUCUCAAAUAUAAAAUAUAUUUUGAUUUGUUUAACACUUUUUUUGUUUACUACAUGAUUCCAUAUGUUAUUUUAUAGUUUUGAUGUCUUCACUAUUAUUCUACAAUGUAAAAAAUUGUACAAAUAAAGAAAAACCCUUGAAUGAGUAGGUGUGUCCAAACUUUUGACUGGUAUUGUAUAUAUAAUAUUAUGAUUAUAAUAACAGCAAAUCUAUAAUGUGUGUAUAUGUGUGCAGGUCAGAUCUGGACCUGUAUAAUCUGGAGGGUAACUCCAGUGAGCCGGUGAGGAUCUUUAGGGCAGACGAGCUCUUUUCUGCCCUACACUACUCAGGUUAGACAAUGGGUCACCACUGUGUGUGUGUGUGUGUGUGUGGUGUGUGGUCUGCUCCACAGCCCAGUGCCCAAGUAUUAAUGGUUAAGCAGUGAAAGUUAUAGUACAUCCUUACAAGGGCAGAGAACAAAGAUCUGUGAGUCUGUGUGUCUGUGGACAAUUUCCAAAAUGUCCCUCUCCUAGACCUCCCAGGGCCUACAGCUGAGGGAGACACAUUCCUCCUUGAUCACACACACACACACACACUGUCCUCACAUUCCUAAGUCACCACUCAUCUAAGUCCACACACACACACACACACACACACACAGAGCAGGUAUCAGUCAUUUAUCCAGAGGGAUAUUGGUGUGUGAUAUGUCAAUAUGUUUGUGUCCCCUGCAGAGAAAUGUGAGUGUAAGGAGCAGGUCCUGGCCAACAGCAAACUCUUCUGCAGCAUGAAGUUUGCCUAUGGUGAGUACUGAGACACACAUGAACAACAGAGAGAGAGAUAGUGGUAAUAACACCAUAUUUGUUUUUUUUACUUCCUUGGUUUCCACUGUGUUGUUUGUUUAUUGAUAACUCUAUGUAAACAGUAUUUUAUUGUACAAUAAAGGCUUGUUAAAAGUCUAAAUAUCUCUUUCCCGCUCUCUCCUUAUCUGUGUCUGUAUGUCUCAUCUCUCUCUCCCUUCCCCUUUCUCUCUCUCUCUCUCUCUCUCUCUCUAUCUCGCUCUCUCCCUCUCUCUCUCCUCCCUCCCUCUCUCCUCCCUCUCUCCCUCUCUCCUUCCCUAUCGUUCUCUCUCUCCUUCUCCUGCUUCCUUCCCUCUCUCUCUCUCCCUCUCUCCUCCCUCUCUCUCUCUCUCUCCUCUUCUUCCCCUCUCUGUCUCAGUGUUGAAGGUUAAGAUCCUGUCAGCCCAUGAUAAGGGCUCCCAUGCUGAGUUGGAGGUAAAGGUUCAGAAGGUGUUGAGUCAGAACACUAAGGUGAAGAUCCAGAAAGGACGAGUCACUCUCUACCCAGAGUCCUGGACCGCACGGGGCUGCACCUGCCCCAUCCUCAACCCAGGCCAGUCUCACACACACACUUAUGCACACCCGUGUGCACGCACACCUAGGGCUGCUGAGCUAAUGAUGUCUCUGUUUAUGCUUUGACUACUUAGGUGUUGAGUACUUGGUGGCGGGCCAUGCAGACAGGAAGCAGAACCGUCUUAUCGUCAACAUGAAGAGCUUCGUCAAGCCCUGGAGAGCCAGCCUUGGACGCAAGGUCCUCACACUAAUGAAAGAAAACUGCACCUGGUGA